GAUCAGCAGGUACUCGAAGAAAGCAGACCACUUCGACCAGGCAGGCCUACGAAGGCAUGCUGCCCCAGUGGCCUCCUGGAUCGCUUAUGGCCCAAAGGGGCGGGUUCCCGAAGUGACAGAGCUGAAUCUCUUGAAGCAGCUCACGGACAAGAUGGAUGGUUCACGGCUACCAUCUCGUUUGAGACAUGUCCUCUUGGACAUGCAAGCCUUUCUCCAGUCUCUCCCUAGAAGACCGGCCAAUGAGGCUUGGAAUGAAGCGGAACGGCAGCUGCGAAAGAGCCUUCGGACGUUGCGCCGUCGCUGCGAGAAGUCGUUGGCCAAGGUGGCUGCUGCAGAUGAUGAUGUUGGUGACGCAGAACUGAAAGCCGAGUUGGACGAAGUCGUGCAUGCCUGUGGAACCGGUAAAACGGCCCAUGCGGCAUCUAACUGUGCAUCUGCCCGGUCUGACCAGCACCUGACAUUGUUCAGACAGAUGAAUGAGUGGGGUUUUCUAAGCGACGCUCAGAAGCUGGAGCGCUUGAAGCAAGCAGAGCAGGCAGCAAAGUGCCCUCGGAGGAUCCUGAGCCAAGCAGAGUUGACGGAGAUCGUCAUCCUGGCAGCAGCUUGCCUGGCCGCUCCUCGCAGAGACGGGAGGCCACAGGGUGCGGAUGCUGAAAACUUCAGCGACGCUGAAACAGCUGCCGCUGCGGAAUCGCGCGAUCCGAACCCUGAUCUGCAGGGACGUGUGCGGUCGUUGUUGCUGCACGUUCUCCAUGUGUGGCGGAUGAACCAAUUCGACUGUCAUGCCAUCGAACAUGUCCUAGAUUUCGUGCAACAGAAGAUCAACAAGUUUGAGGACAAGGUUGGCGAGAUUGCCGGUGCGGCUGCGGGGAAGGCUUGGCUGAAAAUCAAGCAGGCAGUCGACCAGCUCUUGCUGCCCACAGAAACACCUUCACCUUCGGCCACAGAGGUGCAAGGCUCCCAAGUCGCUACAGAAAUGCAAGUUGAGGCUUCUCAUCAGCUGAAGCCUCACAGGGUGCGAGUAAGACUCGAGCGCCAGAGCGGCAUCCAAAACAUCACCUGGAGUGUGGUGGGAGGGUCCUGGAAAUGCCAGUGUUUCACCCGGAAUAGCACGAAAUGGAAGAACACCUGUCGGUCAUUUCCCAUCUCCAAGUUCCUGGAGCAGGGCCUGGGAGAUGAGGCGGCUGUCGAGGCCGCGCUGCAGGAAGCGAAGGCCUACCGUGAGGAGCUCGUGCAGCAGGGCAAGUUGAAGCCGCCCAAGCCCACUGCUGCGACCCCCCGGUCAACAGUGAGGGGCGUCUUCUUUGAUCGAAGUCAGCAGAAGUGGCAUGUUCGGCUGUAUCAUCCGGUCACGAGGAAGCAAGUGUAUGGCGGCUGUUUCCGUGCUAAGGAGAAAGCCGAGGCCAAGGCUCGGGAGUUGGCAGUGCAGCUCGGAGUUCAACCUGACAUCGAGGUCCUGCCGGUGAGGAAGAAUUCAGACCUGAGAUGCAUUGAGAAGCUCGGCCCUGAAAAGGGGGUGACAUGGGAUGUGAAGGCCCAGUGCUGGCACGCCCAAUGCUACAUCGGAGGUAAGAAGCUGGGCGUUUUCAUACGGCCCCAGGAUUUCUCGAACCAGGCUGUAAAGCAGGCCUGGGACGAGGCAGUGUCCUGGCGAAGGCAGCAGAAGACGGUACAGAAGCCUCGAGAAGAACGAUGCCAGGAAACAGGGUUCAACAAGUUUCUCUACCCAAACAGUGUGUCUCAUAUGCGGAGCUUAAGCGGGUAG